CAUCAUUCGUCAUGAAUGCAAGCGAUAUAAAAGAGAAACUUGAUGUUUAUAGACGUCGGAAACGCAGAGAAGAGAUGACAGAAACCAUUAAGAAUGUGAUACAGAAUGUUUUACCGUGGAACGAAAAUCAAACAAUGAAAGAACCGUUGCUGGUAGUGUCGCCAAAUAAUGUCGAGGAUGACCAAGAUACAGAGAGCACCAAUACAGAUGAUAGCAUAGACCAAACUCAAUGUACAAUGUUGAAAAAAGUAAUGUACGCACUCUACUUCCUCCUAUGGGCUACCUUAUAUGUAAUUGCAAUCGAAUUCGAGUUUGGAGCAGUAUAUUUUGUCUUAUCUACGUUAAUAUUUAUUUGGGUGAAUACUCACUCCAGACCAAAGAAACCAGGCGAACUUAGUGCUUAUUCAGUUUUCAAUCCAGAGUGUAAAGCAAUCGAAGGAACACUUGAUGCUUCACAAUUUGAAAGAGAAAUACGGUAUGGUAUAGGAAGCGUACGUUAAUG